AUGUCCACAACCACUGUGACGGGCACGGGGCGGCGCGCCUCGAUACGACAACCAGAGUUACAAACGUCAGUCAAAGUGUCCAGCCCUCAAACCAUGGCUAGUCCGAUAGACAAGUUCCCACCGUUCUAUGACGAAGAAUAUGAUCCCACGGAGUCGAAAGCGCUACAUCUCAAUUCCACAGUCAGGCAUGCGCCCAAUGAUCGGUGGGACUAUAAGCCAGCCAGAGAUCCGAAACGAAAGCCCAGAAAGAGCAUCAGCGAGACCAUAAGUGCAAUUAGGACACGCAAUGGUAGUGUCAGCGCUAAUGCGCAGGAUUUGGCCCAAGCGCUCAGAGCGCCUGUUUCAUACAGACUAAUAGUGCUGUGCCUUGUUUGGUAUACUACUUCGGCUUUAACGAAUACAUCCUCGAAAUCUAUUUUAAACGCGCUUCCAAAACCAAUCACCCUCACAGUCGUGCAGUUUGCUUUUGUAUCGAUAUAUUGUCUCCUACUCUCCUACCUGUCGACCGUGAUCCCCUGGCUCAAAACCAGCAUACCGGCACUCAAGAACGAUAUUCGCCCACCAUCGCGCGAUGUCAUAAUGUCCGCGUUGCCCCUCGCCGUAUUUCAACUAGCAGGACAUAUUCUAAGCUCGAUGGCAACAUCUCAAAUCCCCGUUUCGCUAGUUCACACCAUAAAGGGUCUUUCUCCUUUGUUUACUGUGAUAGCAUACCGCUUCUUUUUCCGCAUUCGCUAUGCCAUGGCAACCUACCUAUCUCUUGUGCCACUGACACUGGGUGUCAUGCUUGCUUGUUCGACAGGGUUUUCCACGAAUUUUUUUGGCAUUUUAUGCGCUCUAGUUGCGGCUCUGGUAUUCGUCUCGCAAAAUAUAUUUUCGAAGAAGCUUUUCAACGAAGCUGAACGUGUGGAGUCAGAUAUGCAGUCCACAGGUCGCCGAAAACUGGACAAAUUGAAUCUACUCUACUACUGUUCUGGGUUGGCUUUCAUCCUCACAUUGCCUAUUUGGUUUGUUACGGAGUGUUAUCCCUUAUUCUCUGAUCUGAUGUACGAUGGUGCCAUCUCCCUCACAAACAAAGCUGGGUCAUUAGACCAUGGCGCUCUUUUCCUCGAAUUUGUUUUCAAUGGGGUGUCUCACUUCGCUCAGAACAUCUUGGCUUUCGUCAUCCUUUCCAUGAUCUCGCCCGUCUCGUAUUCCGUCGCGUCUCUCAUAAAAAGGGUAUUUGUGAUUGUUGUUGCCAUUGUUUGGUUUGGUAACUCUACGACAUCCAUUCAAGGUGUUGGCAUUGGCCUAACCUUCAUUGGACUUUACCUCUACGAUCGCAAUAGCCAUGACGAUGUCGCAGAUCAGAGAGCCAACGCGGACCACUUCCACUCGAAUAAAACCGUGCUCCCUUUGAAUACUCGCCCAGCCAGUAAAGUCUGGGAUUCCAACGGCUAUGCAUUCCCUCAAGGAAAGCCUAUCGGUCGAUACGUUCCGAAUCAUUCGCAUUCCAUCUCCAGCAACUCGAAAAAAGAUGAUGGCAUCGGCCAUGCUCGCCCAAGAGCAAGUAGCAAUGCGAAAGCUUGGUUGCCACCCGGCACCAAACAGGAGAUGACCUGGCAAGCAAGCGACUCCUGA